UAUUGAAGGAAGAAGGUAUUCACGUUUUACAGCACCAGAGUGUUAUCGCUGUUGCAUAGGAGUAUCAGACAUUCACGAAGAACAGAGAGCGACGAUGUCUGGUGUGUGGGUUUUCGACAAGAACGGUGUGACGAGGCUGAUAACAAACCCUACAAAGGAAUCCUUCGAGCAGAAAGAUCCGAAACAUCCUGGUACAGCCACCGCACCAGGUGCCAGACCAAGAGUCUUGGUCUAUCUCCCAAGCAACCAGGUCAUUCGUUCCUACACGGAACUUGAGCAGCGACUCACCGAACUCGGAUGGACUCGCUACCGGGACUCAGACUGCUCCGACCUCAUCCAGUUCCACCGCUCUGACACCUCUUCACAUCUCAUAUCCCUCCCCAGAAGCUUCUCUAACUUUAAGCACUUCCAUUUGUACGACAUCGUCGUUAAAAAUAGCGCUUUCUUUCAGGUUCGUGACCCCACUACGCUAUACCAAGCCUAGACGACAGAUGUGAAUCUAAAAAUUCAUGCAAACUGCUUAUAUUUUCCACCAUCAAAUCUUACCUUCUCCUAGUUAGCUUCAAAAAUGUCCUUAUCAGUCCCUACCACCCUACCCUAACAUGCAUUUUCAUAUCCCACCUUCUUUGUUUUUCACUUUCUCUCUUCUACAUGUAUUUGCUGUUUCCUUGGUUCAAGGUUGUUGUAGUAGCUAAUUGAAUUCAGGCUUGUAAUGGUUGAACUUGCACGCGAUAAAGAUAUCUUUUCAAGAAAGAAAUUCUCCAGCACUAUUCUAUUAAA